AUGCAUAGAAUAUUCAAGCUAAUCCAGUUAUGCUGCGCAGAUCACGGGCAAGCUGACGAAGAUUCCUCUUCACAGCCAAAACACAUAAACCAAUCAUUAGAUAUUACAAGUAAUCCGGCAGAAAAACUUGAUUUACCAGUCAUUGAAAAAAACGAAAUGUCAGGAGAUGAGACAGCUUUAGCACCUGUAGCUCCUGAAUUAAUGAACGUUAAGAAAAAAAAGCAUAAAAAAAUAUUCACAAUCAUACUGAACUUCUAUAAUUUCAAUUCUAGCUAUUGUAAGAAAAUAAAUCAUGGCUCAUAUAAAAGUACACAAUUAUUGAAGCAUGAAUAUCAAAGAAAGACAAUGUAAAAAAAUCAAGCCACAGUAAUGGAGGCGCAACACCAAUUUCAAGACCUCCUGAAGAAUCAAAAGUACCAUUGCCUCCUGCCGAGAAGAAGCCUUUGAAAGGAAUUUUGAAAAAACCAAAAAUUUAG